AUGCCCCUCAAAUUUGCAGAUUUGCUUCUUGAGGCGCAGGGUGUGAAACCCGUGACGUGGGCAUCAGACGCCAAGGAGCCAGCUAGCGUGAGUCGGGACGAGGCUACGCACGAGCCCGCCCAAAAGUUAUCCCCAGUGCCUUUGUUGUGCUCCGCAACGGCAUCCAACUCCGACUCGACACGUCAGUCACCACCACCCGGCAUGUCGAGCAACAAGCGUGGGAGCGAGUACAAGCACGGCCAACCGGGUCGCGAGUUCGAGGAAGAGCGUCCCGAUGAGCCUGCCGACGAGCCCAAAAAGGCGACGGCCGCGCAGAUGGCACAGCGCAAGAUCAAAACGUUGAAGAACCCACGGAGAGCCAACGUUAGCUCUGGCCUCGUAGCCUUCAACCCUAAUCCGCCCUCGGCGAGCUCCUUCAAUUUUGGCCCCGACCCCAGCGCCGGCGCCGCCCCCUCAAAUCCUUUCGCGCAGCAGCAGAGCACACCGGGCGGAAGCAUGUUCGGGCAAUCGCAACAACAGAACUCGUCCGAUGGAAGCCUCUUCGCUUUCGGUAGCAACGCUGCCAGCAGCUUUCCUCCCGCUCAAUCUUCAACGCCGAACAACCUAUUCGCGCAAUCUACGAACUCAUCGUUCCCGCCAGCCUCAGGCUUCGGCGGAAACAACGCCGGCUCUGCGUCCCCCUUCAACCCUCAACCGGAUAUGAACUUUGGGAACAGUACGACCAACUUUGGCGCCUCGGCUCCUGCUCCUGCCAACGGCUUCACGUUCGGUGCGCAGUCAUCGCAAGCGCCAGCCUUCGGCGCUUCACAGAACACUGCCGCGAGCACGCCAGCUUCCACUAGCUUCAGCUUUCUCGGUGCAGCAGCAAAGAACAACGAGAGCACGCCUGCCUCCAGCGGUUUGUCUAUGAGUAACAACAACGCCUCGACAUCCGCCACCUCGGGCGGGCUUUUCGGCACGAGCGCCACCACCCAGAACAACACGUUUGGCGGUUUCGGUCCGAACGCGAAUAAUAGCACUGCUGCGCCUACCUCACCAUUUGGGAAUCCGUUUGACAAGGCGAAUGAUACUUCAACGCCGUUCCAGUUCGGCGCGAGCACAACACCGACAACCGCGGCGCAGGACAAUGCAUCGACACCAAAGCCUCUGUUCGGCGGUUUUGGAUCUGCUUCGCAACCGAACGCAAACUCACAAGCACCCGCAAGUCCUUUCAAUUCACAUACCGCGACUGCGGGCGGUUCUAAUAUGUUCCGCGCAAGCUCGCCAGGAUUUGCAUUCGGAGCUCAGUCGAACGGCCUCAAUAGCCUGGCCGCGAGCACACAAGGCGAGUCGGCUGCCACUCCAGCAUUCUCUUUCGGGAAUUCAACAGUGAACCCUGCCACGCCUGCGCCUUCGAAUAAUUUGUUUGGAUACCUGGGCGCGAGCACACAAGCAUCUACGAGCACCCCAGCUCCGGUGAGCUUUGGAGGCUUUGGCCAGUCAUUGCAGGCACAGUUCCCAAGCGCGCCUGCUAUGUCAGGCCUAUUUACAGAAUCACAGGUGCAAGCUCCAACUGGACCGAUCGCGACACCCAUAUCGAAGUCGUCUAACAAAGGUCCCUCAACUGCUCCGGCCAAGAAGCGAGCAAUGUUCAGUAACUAUCAGUAUGUUAAGUUUUCUCUUCUCCGUCCAAAUGGCAAUCCAUGUCUUCUUCCUCCCCCCAAAGAUCGCAAGCAAACGGAUCAAGAGUCCAAAAAGUGGUUCCAGGACAUCUACAAAAUCAUGUCCCCUACCUUUGUAGAUGUCGGCCUUCCAUUGAAGACCAAGAACAAGUAUCCUCUGAAGAAUCAAGACCUCAACAACCAAGAGAAGAAGCCUAACAUAUCCAGAAGAUCCGCGACGGACCCCAACCCUACCCAAACCUCACAAGAGGAGACCACCACGACCGAAACUACUGCGCAGACCAUCUUCAAGCAGGCGCCCUUCGAAGCACCCCAACUUGCUCAGUCGGCCCAAAGCGAGAAGCAGGCGCCCAACUCUUUUGCAAGCUUGUCGUCAUCUGUGCCAGCUUCAAGCUCAUCCAGCAACAGCUUGUUUCCAUCAGCGAAGCCCGCUGCAUCAACACAAAAGCCUGCAUUGACAGCCACUCUCACACCUGCAACGGAGCCCGCUGAGACGGUCCCGGCACCGCAAAUCCCCAAGGUCACCGUCCCUCCGAGUUGGACCGUGCCAGAUGACAACAGCGACGAUCUGCGUGAGCACACCAAGCUUCUUGAACAGAUCAACGACAUCUAUCGCACCAAACUCGCCCAGCUUCCCACGAGAGCUGAUUGGUCCGCCUUGUCCAAAUGGCACUGGCAAGAAUCUUCUAAGCUGAAGAAGAAGAUCGACGACCUCAAGAAGCAAGCCGCGACCGCGAAGGGUAUCACUGGAGAAGAGUCGGUCUUGUCUACGAAACGGAAAACUGAUGCUACAGUUCAGCUUGAAUCUCCUUUCAAGAAGGCACGCAGUGGCGAGGCACCCACUACUCCCAAUGCUAAGGUGCCGCCCAUGGCCAGCACAAGUCCCAAGGCCAAUCCUCCCUCGAAGCCAUUCAACCUGUUCGCAAGUGCUUCUACGCAGCAAACAUCAUCUACGGCCGACGAACCUGCGCAAGCCAAGGCAACCGAAAGUAAGGUUACUGGAUCAGGUACCACCAUGGCAACUCAAGACGGUUUCAAACCCAAUUUUGGCACAUCUGCAUCUUCCAGUGCAACCGGUUUCAAACCAAGCUUUGGAGCAUCUUCAAAGACAAGUGGCUCCAGCAGUAGCGGAUUCUUCGGUCAAUUUGGCGGAAAGACGAUGGAGCAGCUGCGAGAAGAGCGCAUGAAGAAGGCUAUGGAUGACGGCUAUGAGUCCCCUACGACUUCCGAAGAAGCAGAAGGCGACUAUGAGACCAGGGAGCAAUGGUUAGCUCGCUGGAAUAAGGAAGAGAAUGAGCGCCAGGCCGCUCUUGAUGCUGCAACCAGCAACACGACGCUCAAGUUUGCACCCACGGCGACAGGCAAGAAGAUUGAUACUCCUGCAUUCAAGUUCAAUGCUGCCUCAAGCAAUGCGGCUUCAUCCUCAGACAGCAUCGUCGCGUCACAGGGUCUUGCAAGCGGUGCAUCUACUCCAGGCUUCUUUGGCUCCAGGGUCAGCAGUCCGGCGCCUUCAGUGCUGAAUACGCCACUGGGUGCACAGACCCCGUCUUCGAAUUUGUUCGGCCACUUGUCCGCUGCUUCUUCACGGCACCAAGACGAUAGCGAUGAUGAAGCCGACGAUGAAGCUGCUGCUAGGCCUUCUGUUGAGGAAGAAUCAAAGAAGCGCAAGCUGGGCGAUUCUGGGGACGCGGAAUCCGAAUCAUCUGAGACAUUGGAAGAAUCGAUGAGGCGCAAGAAGCCUACAACCCAGAAGUCCAGCUUCUUCGAUCGCAUCACUAGGGACAAUUCGGAUGUCGAGCAAGAAGCCACAGACACUACCAAGAAGCCCAGUCUUCUCGACCGCAUGACUCGGGAUAAUUCGGAGGCUGCAUCAGAUGCGGCAGGCAAAGAAGCUAGCCAGCCUAGCUUGAACUCCAUCAAUUCCAAGCUCUACAAUAUCAAUGGUUCGCAGACCCCAGCACCGAAGAAGCCGUUUACAUUCGAUUUCGCUGCAGCUGCGAAAUCAGCACCUCAGUCUGCGCCCCCCAAGCAAAAUAUCUUUGCUGGAGAUCAGACCUUCAAGUUUGGAGACCCUAUCAAGUUUGGCUCAAGCACCAACACCAACACGCCAUUCACUAUCACACCCGCGACGCCUACGCCGGCCUCGCCCGCUGCAUCGUCCGCCGCACUUCCGAAGGCUGUCAACUCUCCGUUUGCCUUCCUUUCUGCAGCUCCUUCCGCUACUACGUCAGCGAUGUCUUCGCGUGCUGCGACCCCAGCGUCAGAUGCGGACGCUAGCGCUACCGAGGGGGCAGCUGUGAACGAAGACGAAGGUCAGACUCACGUGGAGAGUGACAAAUCGAUCCUCUCCAACGAGGAGCAAGAUGAAUUCGAUGUCCUCUUCGAGGCCGAACAAGUCAUCGCCAACAAGCAGAUCCACAAGGAGGGUGCCCCCAAAGCUGAGUGGGUGAAGAUCGCAAAUGGCAGGCUGUGGAUCUUGAAGAGCAAGGCAGAUAACCAUGUCAUCCUACGCUUGCGUAUGAAGAGCGGCGCUGUGCGCGUUAACUACCGCAUCCCGCCCAUUAUCAAGUCUUCGAUCAUGGGAGCCAACAAGACGCAGGUCCUUACCAAAGAGGCCUCUGUAAAAGAUGGCAAGACUGUGCUUGAGAAUAUGGUCUUUGCGUUCAACCACAAGGAUAAGGCCACAAAGCAAGAGCUGGCCAAGACGUUCUCGGAGACUUAUAACGACAACGUCGCAGGUGCGUGA